UUGUAAUAGUCCUUGUAGCUUCUUUGUCCAGUUGGUAACGGAUGAACGGGACAUUUGCUCUCUAGCGGAAAAGUUGAACGAUGGCCAGGCCAAGCAUGUACCCGUUAAUCCCAGUGACCUCUCUGAAGGUGACUUGGUUUGUGCGAUGUACCCCGAUGAUAACUGUUGGUACCGUGCAGUUGUACGAAAUGCGGUGCUCAGUAACACGGCCGAUGUAGAAUUUAUCGACUACGGAAACACAGCAGAAGUUUCAGUUAUAAACAUGAGCUUUCUGGAUCAGAUGUUUUUACAGCCACGGUAUAGCAUCCAUUGCUCAUUGUCUGGAGUGGUAAAUGAUGACGGUGAUGUAGCCUCCAAUUUCAGAACUGAAAUAGAAAAGAAUGCUGAAGCAUUUUUAUGCAAAUUUAUCCAGCAUUCAGGGUCUGUAUGGGAGGUGAAACUCGAGGUCAAUGGUCAAGAGCUGUUCGGAUCUGCUUGCUCCAAAGAUCUAAACGAAGUUACACCCAAGAGCCCAGAUUCUGGCUACAAUCUGUGCGAUUAUAAAAAUCCUGAUUUAUCGAUUGGACAAACAGUUGCUGUAUACGCCUCAGUCAUUAUUGGGCCACAGCUUUUCUGGUGUCAGUAUGCAGAAGGGGAAAAGCUGCAGGAGAUUUCUGAUAUCAUUCAAAAUAUUGGUUGUACUUCGGAAAGCAGCACUCUUGAUGCAGAAACCAUACCGGUCAGAAGUGCAUGUAUUGCCCUUUUUGAUGAGGACCAACUGUGGUAUCGUGCAAAGGUGACCUCCAUUGAAAAGGACAUGCUCUCUGUUCUGUUUGUUGACUAUGGAAAUGAAUCAAAUGUGAAAGUGAGUGACAUUAGACCACUGCCAUUCGAGGUGUCUGAUGUUCCUCCUCAGGCAUUCGCCUGUCAGCUUGACGGUUUCGAUGUUUCUGAGGGCUCCUGGAACGACAAGGCAGCUGAUCAGUUCUUUGAGUUAAUCAACGACCAACACUUGCGAGUCACAAUUUUUAAAUUGGCCACUUUGUGCGAUAUGGUGUCUCCUCUUUGGGUUCAGUUGGAACGUGAGGAACUUAACAUCAAUGAUGCAAUGAAAACAUGUUGGACUCGAAAUAGCAAGAAGGAAUCGUAUGAGCUUGAAAAUGCAACGAUUGCUGCGAGUGUCUGCGAAACAGAACACAUAGUUAGAUCCAAAGACCCAAUUUGUGCAUCUAUAGACUAUCUACAGAAUGGCAGUUGCAUUUCUCCACCCGAAGAGCAGGAAGAAGGCAAUGACACUCUGGCUGAGCAUGUAGAGCAAACAGAAUCUACACCGCUUCUGAAUGAAACAAGUGUUGAAUUGGCUGUGAUAUUGUCUCAAGAUGGAGAUCGCAUCUUGACUUUAGCAGGCACUGAAAAGCCUGAGACUUAUGGAAAAAGCAUCAGUUUGAAGGAUACAAAUGUAAAUGCAGACUUUGAAGACAUUCAUUCCAAUGGACCUGCAGAUGUUCUCGAAGAAACCCAGCUAGAGUCCACAGACUUCACAAAUAAAGGAGCAUUCACAGGUUCUCAGGAGUGUGAAGAUGAGAACCGAGUGGAAACUGUGGAAACUGAAUCUCCAGAAGAUCAGUCUUGUGAAGAUGUCUGUGGAAAAGCGAACGAAUUGGUUUCAAAACCUGAAGAGGAUCAUGAGAUUGUUGAAUCGGAUCCAGAGAGCAGAGCUGGUGAAUCAGGAUGUGUAAACUGGUACCAUGUGCUCAAGAUUUAUGAUGAUUCUUCCUUGGCUGAAAAGGAAACAGCGCAAGAAGAUUUAAACUGUUCUCAAGUCAUUGACUUUGAAGAUAUGGAUGAAGAACCGAAUGCUGGGAUGGAUCUGGUUGUUAGUAAAGAACAGAUAAAUUUGGCUCAAGACAAAGAGCAGGACCCCUGUUUUGCAGAUGUGUUCGCAAAAUCUGACUGUGAGAAUCAAGACUCGGAUUUAGACCUUAACGCUCCUCAGGAAAUGAAUCAGAUGUUUGUUGCAGAUGUUUCACUUGAGCACGAACCAGCCUUGGAGACUUCUUCAAAACUAGAACUAGCACAGAAUAUAUGCAGGGCACUGGUCCAGAUACAAGGUGAAGAAACGAGUCCUCCAGCAGAGGAACAGAAAGUAGAUCAUGUGACUGAGACGUAUGAGUUGAUGGAGGUCAUACCCGCGAUGCCACUAGAGAAGGCUGAAGAAACAGAGCAGGAAGCUGGACAGUGUUUUUUCUCUCAUGAGCUAAAUGAAGAGCCUCCUGAUGUGGUGCAUCCUGACAUCACUGAAGAACAACCUCAGGAUGAACAUCGCGGCUCCUCUUUAGGUGACUUGAUGCCAGAAUUCGAAAAAGCUCUGCAAGAAGAUGGGAUUCAAGGUCCAGAUCUGGAUUUUGAUGCUCCUCAUGCUCCUCAGGAAAAGGGUGAAAUGUUCAUCGUAAAAGUUCCAGUUGAGCAAAGCGAACCAGCCAUGGAAAAUAAUCCAGCAGUCGAAUUGGCGCAAGAUUUGAAAAUGCAGGUUCAGCCUGUGGAGGAGCCUGAGGAGACGAAUCCUCCUGUAGACCAACAGAGAGCAGUGGAUCAUGUGACUGAGACGUGUGAGCAGGGAGAUGUGCUGAUCGAGGUCAUACCCGCGAUACCACUAGACAAGGCUCUGGAUGUGGCCCUUGAUGCUGACCCUGAUAACUUUGUGAAUGAGACGGAACAGAGGUCAUGUGAAACAUCAGACAUGAUUCAAGUCAAUAUGUCGGACACUGGACUUCCUGCUGCUGAUACAGAACCUUCUGCCUCACAGAAACCUUCUGAUGCAGAGGAGCAGUGUGUGUUAGCAGUCACACAUCUGUCCCUCAGAGUCGAGGACACGGCUAACGAUGACGUCGUCUUUGUGAAAGAGUGGCAGGUUAUGCCACCCGAGGUGAACGAGUCCAGGGGUUCAGAGUAGCUACAGAUCUCCAACACGAGGACCUCGUGGUUGUUGUAUUCAUCACUUGAAUGGUUCUUCAUGGAAAUUAUUCUUUCAGUCUCCUGAAAUCUUGUUUAUUUUUCUCCAUAACUGUUCUGUGUGCCUUGUUUAAGUUAUAAUCAGAGCAGUUUGUUCAGAAGCGACAUUUACAGUUAAACAAACGGUUGUUUCAUUUCAAUGGUUUGCCUGUUUCACAAGGUUCUGACAUUAAAACAAUGCACACAAAAAAGUU